AUGCUCACGCUUCUGGAGCCGCCCGGGGCGAAAAGAUCCCCGAAUGUCGGCAAUUACAACAACAGAUCGGCUCAACACUUGUUAAAUCUAGGUAAAAAAAAUAAAAAUAAAAAAUCCGCACACGAAAAACCCAUUUUUUCAGCUCCAGACGAAGAAGAUUUAUAUGAAACAUACGACGAGAAUGAGGACUAUGCGGAGAACGAAAGAACUGGUAAUAUCCUGACCAGGUUUCUGGACCGGUACCUCGUCGGACAAUCAUCAUCUGCCGAUUACAAUGAUCGAUGGAAACGGGAAUUUCGUGCGAGGCCCUCAUGGUGCGAUGCUGAUUUGUGUCUGCAACAAAUGAACCGGGGAAAAGCUACAGGUAACCGGUAUGCUCUCUAUUCGAGAAGUCUGAUCCAGAAGCUUCUCUUCGCUUUGGGAAAUGCCGUCCAUCGGAAUGCGUGGUCCAUAAUCCUUGUUGUUUCGAUGAUAUUUGCAUUCUGUUGCUAUGGUCUUCAGUACGUGCAUAUCGAAACAGAUAUUGUGAAAUUAUGGGUAGCACAAGGUGGUCGGCUUGACGAAGAACUGAACUUUUUACCGAAUAUGAAAGAACUGAUGAGAAACGAAUCCGUUGAUUCUGGGCCAGAGAUUCCGAGAGAAAAUGGCUUGGGUGGUGGAUAUCAAGUGCUGAUUCAAACGCCCGAAUUCGAAGGACAGGAUGCAUUAGCUCAAGGACCGCUCCUGAAACAUGUCGAAAUUAUGAAGCAUAUUGCAAGUUUCAAUGUAUCUGUUCAUGGAGUUGACUGGUCUCUCUCGGACAUCUGCUUCAAACCAGCUCCUCCCUCGGUGUCCCCAGAUUCUCCUGCCGCUUCUCUGAGCGAUGUAAUUGAUAAAAUCGUACCAUGUAUUUGGAUUACUCCGAUUGAUUGUUUCUGGGAGGGAUCCAAAGCCCUUGGGCCACAUCCAUCUCUACCGAAAUCAGCACUUGGCCUUGUUGGAAUGUUGCUCAAAGCCCUUCCAGACCACGACAUGAUUCGGUGGUCAGACUUCGAUCCUAUCAAAGUUAUUGACGAAAUCCACAAUUCCUUCAAUCUUGGCUCACAUUACACCUUUUUCGAGAGAGCUGGUGUUGGUCACGGAUACAUGAACCGUCCAUGCAUUGAUCCUCUCGAUCCAGAGUGCCCUCCAAUGGCCAAAAACUAUUUCGAUGUGUGCCCACAUGUCGAUAAGAUUCGGGAAGUCGCCUCGAAAUACGGUCAAGAACUGGAACAGGAAAAGCAGAAAGAUACUGGGUUUGAUGUGUUUAGUUUCUUCGGACGUAAGAAAAGAGAAACUGAUCAACAACCACAAAUGAUCCAUCCUGCUCAACCAGCUGAUUCCAUUCCGGUUGUUGAAGGAGCUGUUCCAGCAGACAUUCCAGUUACCGCUGAUCCAGUUACAACAACAACGACUUUGUCCCGGGAAGAGGUUGAGAAUGCUAAGAAGAUUAAAGAUCGUGAGAUGAGAGAGCAUUGCAAGUCAUACCGGAAGUCAACCUUCAACUGGUUAAAAGCAAAUCAAGACAAAUGGACCGAAGUUAUGCCUGAGAAUGUGUAUCCGAAGAAUGUAGAUUACGCAGAGGAGAUGACUGGUGGUUGCUCUGGAUUUGCAUCGAACGUUCUCAAUUGGCCAGAGGAUAUGAUACUCGGAAACCCAAGACACACGAAGAGAGGUGGAAAACUCACAAGUGCCGAUGCUCUUCAGUCCGUAUUCCUCGUGGCAAGCCCAGCUGAUGUGUUCCUUCGAUUUAAACAAAAGCAAGGAAGAAAUCCACCAAAAUCUGGAUUAGAUCAAGAAGCUUGGAACGAGACUGCCGCUGAGCAAGUAUUACAAGCCUGGCAGAGAAACUUUACCAAGUCGCUCUACACACACGAAGCCAAUUUUGAUGCUGAUGGAAACGAAAGAAGAACUUUGCAUCCGCUUGCAUCUACUUCUAUCGCUGACAUGCUCGAAGAGUUUUGCCAGUUCAACUACACCAUCAUUUUCGCGGGAUAUGCUUUGAUGCUUGCUUACGCUAUCAUCACCCAAGCUCGAUUCGACAGCUGCCUUCCAGCUACCGAGUCUUCUAUGGGACUCGCUCUCGCCGGAGUUUUGGUUGUCACAUUCGCCUCUGUCGCUGGACUUGGUCUUGCCACAUGGUUUGGAAUCGAAUUCAAUGCUGCCACCACACAGAUUGUUCCAUUCCUUACACUUGGAAUCGGAGUCGAUAACAUGUUCAUGUUGCUGCACAAUUACCGUGACGUCGUGAAACUUGCCGGAGGACAUGCUGAGAUGGCAAUCUUGAUGAGAGAAACUGGAAUGUCUAUUCUUUGCACCUCCAUCAACAACAUCCUUUCAUUCCUUACUGGAACACUACUUCCUAUACCUGCACUCCGAUCGUUCUGUGCACAAUCCAGCAUUCUUCUCACAUUCAACUUCAUCGCGAUCCUGACUAUCUAUCCAGCCAUCAUUUCAAUCGAUCUUCGAAGAAAGAAGGCCCAACGUCGUGAUUUGCUCUGCUGUUUGUACGGAGACACCCGAGAGGAGUCUUAUUCAAUGAUUUCGAAACCGAAGAUCCCUAGCAAACGAAUCAUUGGAGCGCCAUCAGAAGCUUCUAUAAUGCAACAGUUCGAUGGAAUCACGCAAGCACAGAUGGCUUCCAGCGACGAUCCAGCUCCAUACUCACUUCAUGCGUUCAUUCGGUACUACUAUAUUCCAUUCAUUUCGAGACCAGCUUGCAAAGUGGGAAUCAUUAUCGGAUGUCUUGUUCUCCUUGCUGCUUCAGUUUACGGAAUGCAACAGUCUACACUCGGAUUGGAACUUGGAGAUGUUCUCCCUGAGCACACCGCUCCAGCUCAAUUCUUAAGAGCCAGAGACAAGUAUUUCAGGUAUGAUAUAAAUAUAGUUUUCUGUUCAAUAAAUUGUCUUUUCAGUUUCUACCCAAUGUUCGCCGUGAUAAAGGGACCUAACAUUGAUUACGCACACCAACAACGUCAGAUAGAUAACUACCGACAAUCUAUCGGAUCUUCAAAGUUCGUAAUCAAGAAUAAGAAUGAGGAGCCAUCAGAGAAGUAUUGGUUAGGACUGAUGAGAGAUUGGUUGAUCAGUAUUCAACGUGGAUUUGAUGAAGAAGUUGCAAAAGGAUCAUUCGAUUUGGUAACCGGAACUGUUAUCGCAGCUAAUGUCUCUGAAGAUGCUCGGAUAGCUCACGCUCUCAUGUGCUCCCAUGGAGAACUAUACGAGUGUGCUGGACGAGUAGGAAAGAUCAGACUAGUCGAUGCCAGUGGAAUAAUCAACUCUGAUGGAUUCUAUAACUACUUAACUGCUUGGUUCAACGUGGAUCACAUGAUGUACUAUGUAUCGCAAGCUUCCUUCUUCCCAACUCCACCAAAAUGGGAAUUGGUCAAGGAAAACAAAGAAAACUUCAUCCCAGCUGCCAAGCCACUCGUUUAUUCGCAAAUUCCAUUCUAUUUGACUGGUCUCACGGAUACAGGAGUGAUUGUUGAAGCUAUCAAGGACAUCAGAAGUGUUUGCGAUCGAUUCACUGAUCAAGGACUUCCAAAUUUCCCACAAGGAAUUGCCUUCACAUUCUGGGAGCAAUAUCUAUUUUUAACGGGAAAUCUCAUGCAAGCCAUCUCGAUCAUCACCAUCUCUGUCUUCUGUGUCAUUUCCGUUCUUCUGUUCAACCCAUGGGCAGCGCUGAUGGUCGUUUGCAUUCUGGGAAUCAUGACUUGCGAACUUGCUGGUUUUAUGGGACUCGUUGGAAUCAAGCUCAAUCCGGUAUCAGCCGUCACACUGAUCACUGCUGUUGGAAUUGGAGUCGAGUUCACAGUUCAUGUUGUCGUCUCUUUCCUAACCGCGCUCGGAACCAGAGCGCAACGUACUUCAUCAGCCGUUGAUCGAGUAUUCGUUCCUGUUAUUCACGGAUCGUUCUCUACACUUCUCGGAAUUUUGAUGCUUGGAUUUUCUGAAUUUGAGUUCGUUGUCAAGUACUUCUUCAUCGUGAUGACCGCUCUAAUCGGAACAGGCAUAAUAAACGGUCUCAUUUUACUUCCAGUUCUGCUGUCUUGGUUCGGUCCCAGACGAGAAAUUUCACCUGCCGAUGGAAAAACAACACUCGCUCUUCCGCCGCCACUGCCAAAGAACUUGAAUUCAUCUCGGUCUGGCGGUGAUGAUUCGGAUGAAGACGACGAGCCAAGUGGCCUUGUGAUGUACUCCAGACAAGCACCUCCAUCAAGAACAUCAGGAGGAAGACGUGGAACACCAGGCGGAAACAACUCAUCACGUCGGCUUCCAGCCGUAUAG